AUGGAUAAACUUAAAGAAACCCAUUACUUCAGUCUACCGUCUCAGGGUAACAUCUACACCAUGACCCACCUGCAGGCCGCCAACUGCCCCCACAAAAUCCUCGUCGCGUCGUUAAAGCGCGACAUCUUCUGCCUGGAAUAUCAAGAGUCGGCUGCAGGUCUCAUUCCAACAACGAAAGAAGUCUCCUUCACAUACAUUCCCAGCGGUGCGGAAAUCAUUUCAGUGGACGCAUUCAACAAAUCAGACUCUAAAAACGAGUUUGUUAUUGGCAUAACCAUAAUAAAAAACAGCAAUUUAAUGGACGCGUUCGAGUUUUACCUCAACAUCUACUCCGAGUGGGAAGAGAACGAAGACUUUAACAUCGACAACAUUGCACAGAACUGCUUGAACGUGGAGCUGAGUUUCACCCCGUACCAACUCACCCACACGGAACUGAUCGUGUGGGACGGCGACACCAUCGCAAGCAAAGAAAUCGUGUUUUUGUUGUCGGGAAGCGACAACCAAGUCCAUGUUUAUCGAGAGUACACGACCGAUCACUUGUACAAAGAAGUAGACAACAAAGAAUACUUCCCGGAGUUUAUCAAAACGCCAAGUCCGGUGAUUUGGAUCGACAUACAUUUGAACGACGACUGCACAGAGCGCCUCACGGCAGUGGCGUGCGAAUGUGGCUACGUCCGUCUCACCAAAGUGUGUGUAAAAACGAACAAACUAGUCUUCAAUUUUUCGACGAAGUUGAACAACUAUAUUUCCCAUUUGAAAAUCUUUCCGGAGGAACAAAGUGUGGCGACGGAGGUGGCUUUAAAUAAUCUUGAUAGAGGUGUUCUUACUAAGAAAGGGGCGCUGAAUUUGGUAGUGGUGAACACGAUUUUGCCCCCGGUUCUCUUCGAAGACGUGCUUACCUAUGGUUUGAGUAAUUAUAUAUCGCUGCCUAGACACGAUUACACGUGUGUGUUGACGUGCUGUCAAAUCGCGGAUGUGGAUUUUGACGGCGAGCAGGAAAUUCUAAUCGGGAAUAGUUCAGAGGAAAUAAUGGUGUAUAAGCGGGAUCCCGAUAAAGGUUGGUGUUUGGAAGAACUGAAGAUGUUCGCCUCGCCUAUAAUUAGUAUGAAGUAUGUUGAUUUGUUGGAAGACGGGAUUAACGAAUUAGUGGUCUUGUCACUAAGAGGUGUACACUUUUUACAGCACGACUUUUCGUUCGUGGACGAAGUUCUUAGUGAGAAAAUAAAGUCUCUUAAUUUUUAAA